AUGAACGACACAGACUGGAACAAGUUCAAAGUACCGGAACUAAAAGCAAAAUGUAAAGAACUUGGAUUACACGUUAGCGGUACAAAAAAAGCGCUAAUAGACCGAAUUUUAUCCUACUACCAUGUUGAUCCCAAUCAAGAGAAAAAUGUCGAGAAAGCUUUACAGAUCCCUGAUAAACGUAAAGCUGGUGAUAAUAUUGAGACUUCUCAAAGGAAAAGUAAAAGGCUCGAUGAUGGUUCAAGAAGGGGAAUAACAUCUAAUGAUAGGUUGACCUUUUUAGAUUCUAACAUAUCUGAAAGUCAAAAACUUGACGAUAAAGCUAAAUUGGUAACAAAUGAUUUGCCUGAGAUACGACCCUCUGUUUAUUCAACGGAAGAGGCGCAAAAAAAUUUAAUCGCAAUACCAGUCACGGUUGAAACAUCUUCAGCACAGAAUGAUGCAUCCGGAUUUUCAAAAUCAUAUCCCAAGAAGACACUUGUCAAUACAAAGUUUAAUACAAAAAUUAACACAAGGAUACCAUUACAAAAUGCAUUCAAUACAGACUCAAAUCCGAAUUUAUCAAAUGUUGCAUCAAAGGUUUCGAGACCACAUUCAAUCAAUACCAAUACAAAUAAGAAUACACUGUCUAACCUUUCACAUCGGUCAUCAGCCUUUAAAGAAACAGGAAAACCGAAAAGACAAAAAAUUCAUCACGUAAUUCACAAACAAAACAAUAUAAAAAACUGCAUUGCCAAACCCAAUAAUACGGGUUUAAGUUUAAACCAGACAAAACCCAUACUAUUUCCAUUGAUUCAAAUUCCUCAAGAAAUUUCACAUCAUGAAAUACACAGAAUUGAGAUAUUAACAAGUUGCCUUGAGCAAACUGAUUUUCAAACUGUUUUGGCCGCAGAAUAUGUUUGCCGCUUAUGGAAAUAUGCAGCGUUGUUGGCAUGGAGGGGACUUUGCAAACGAAAUUUUAACGGCAUAUUGUUAAAUAACGCAUUGCGUCAAUAUUCUAAUCCGUAUAAUUCAUUCAAAAAUUACUAUAAACGACGAUUGGAAAUCCGUCGUUACAAUAUCACUUUGAUCUCGCGUAGUUGGAUUGGCCAACUUUACGAAAAUCUUGGGCAUUCACCUACAGUUACUAUUAACAAUAAUGUAUUCAUGUAUGGAAUUCAUCAAAAAUUAUAUUCUAGUAAUGAUCACACAUAUCAAUUAUUUGUGACACUGAGGGUUUGGGUUGCUAGAUUUUAUUGUUAUACUCAAUACGGAGGCUAUACUGGAUUGCUUGAGAAUAUGCCAUGUAUUUUAGAUACAGAUGAAAUCAUUGAUGAAAUUUGGAAAAUCAGAUUGGUGAAUGGAGAUGAAUUGAUGGUUCUUUGUGCAACAGGAGAAGUUAUUGGACAUUGCUUUGAUAAUAUUCAUGACAACGACAACACUCAAGAACCAUCAAGAAUUGGAUGGUUAACUUUAAAAAAUUGGAUCGCAGCAGAAUUACGUUAUGGUAAAGUUAAAGAGCAAUUAAGAGUAGAUUGGGCAACUUACAUUUGUUCGAAAUCUCAGUUUACACCGGAUAACAACAAAGAACAUCAUAUCUUACCGUCAACAAUUGAUAAUUCACCUGUCUUUUUAAUUAGCAAAGUUAUCACUGAAAAUGAAAACUACCCAAAUUCAAUUCAUAAAUCCAUAACUUUUGAAAAUAAUCCUUUGGAAUAUAUCUAUUCGGCAAGGUACGUUCUUUCGUCUGUCGAACCUUUUACAGUCUCGGGAACUUUACAACCCAAACCACAUUGGAAAGUUGCUCGUAUAUUGGCAUUUAAACAUUCGUUACUAGAAUGUGUUGAGUCAAUAAGACUGCCAGGAGAAAAGGUUUUUGGAAAGACGUUGAGCGAAAAUGUAUGCUUUGUUCAAACACCAUCUAGAGGAGUGUUCGUGUUAAGAGUAACUGGGCAGAUCAUAGGAAAUGAGGAUGAUGGAAUUAAUUUUAUGUGGCAGAUGAUAUUAGGGUGUGGAUAUUAUGGCGAGAUUAUAACUAAUACGGAAGAUAAUAUGAAAUCUUUUCAAAUUACGAGGUUAGAAUACUUUAAAGGGUUGAAUCGGUCGUUGCAAAGACCGGACCGAUCUUUGUAA